AUGAAAACUGGACAUCAAAGAGAAGGUUGCUUUGAAAUAAUUGGAUAUCCAGAUUGCUACAAACCUCUCCAAGAUCAAAAGAAGAACAACCAAGUUACUCCUAAUAGAUCUGCAGUGGCCAUGAACACUGAAAAUGACAGAACCAACAACAGUGUUGAUGAAAGAACCAUGUCCAAUCUAAUAAGGUCAGAAUUUCAUAAACUUUUUGAGAAAUUGAAAUCACAAGGAUCUGGAAAUAUACAUGCAGACAGAAAAUGUGAUUCUUGGAUUGUUGAUAGUGGUGUUACUACACAUAUGUGUAAUAAUCAUGCCCUCUUUGAUCUUGCUAAACCACAUACUCAAAACACUUACAUACAUCUAGCAGAUGGUAGCAAACACUUAAUCAUGCACUCUGGUAAUAUGAGGCUCACUGAUAAACUACUGCUAGAGAACACUCUGCAUGUUCCUAAUCUGAAGUUCAAUCUCCUAUCUGACCACAGGACUAGAGAGGUCAUUGGGAUAGCAUGCUUAGUAGAAAAUCUCUAUAUUAUCAAGACUGAGUCAUUUGACAAAAGAUUCAUAGAAGAUGUACUUGCUGAUUUUAGAUAUACAGUAUUCAUAGUUGCUAAGAUAGAACCAGAUACAUGGCAUAAGAGAUUAGGGCACCUAUCUCAUGAUGUAUUGAUUAACACAGGUUUAAUUGACAAAACCACAAACAAAACUUCUACCUGUGAAAUUCCCACAGCUGUCCUAAAAUGGAAGACACCUUAUGAGAUUUUAAUGAAAAAGGCUGUUGAUUACUCCUUCUUUAGAACUUUUGGUUGUUUGUGUUUUGCUACUAACACUUUACCUCACAAAUCUAAAUUUGACAAUAGAGCUAUUAAGUGCAUUUUCUUGGGCUAUGCCAAUAAUCAGAAGGGCUACAGAGUUUAUGAUAUUGAUAAGAAAAUCAUUUUUACUUAUAGAGAUGUUGUCUUUAAAGAGAACAUUUUUCCUUUUGCUAAUGAAUGCACUGAUCCCAUUAAUUCUGAUAUUCAGACUUAUAACCAAUCUGUCACUAGUAUAAUAGAGGACCAAGAUGAGCAAGACAUUCAUACACAAUCCAAUCCUGAAAUUAUAGAUGAACAUACUAAUGCUGUUGAUCAACAAGAACAUGAACAUACAUCUGAUGACAUGCAUUUGAGAAGGUCAAGAAGACAAAUAAUUAGACCUGCAAAAUUACAAGACUAUGUAUGUGUUUGUGAUAAGGAGAACAGGGACAUCUACACUGUGAAAUUUCAAGAUAACAUGAAUACAUGUAUGAGUGUUGUUUUUAAUUUGCCUACUGAGCCUAAAAAUUAUACUGAAGCUAUGAAGGUCAAAGAAUGGUUAGAGGCUAUGAAAUCAGAAAUAAAAGCACUAAAGGAUAAUGACACCUAG